UCUUCAUGAAGACGGAUACACCAAGUUUGGCAUGGUGGGCUGCACACAACCUCGUCGAGUGGCGGCCAUGUCUGUCGCCAAACGAGUCUCGGAAGAGAUGGGGAGUAAGCUCGGGGAUGAAGUGGGGUAUGCUAUUCGAUUUGAGGAUUGUACCUCGGAGAAAACAAUUAUCAAGUACAUGACAGAUGGUAUACUGCUGAGAGAAUCACUGCGUGAGUCUGACCUAGAUAACUACAGUGCAAUCAUCAUGGAUGAAGCUCACGAACGGUCACUAAAUACUGAUGUCUUGUUUGGUUUACUGAGGGAGGUUGUUGCUAGGCGACAGGAUCUCAAGUUAAUCGUCACCUCAGCAACCAUGGAUGCCACCAAAUUCUCCACCUUCUUCGGCAACGUCCCGGUGUACAUAAUACCUGGCAGGACAUUCCCUGUGGACAUCUUCUUUAGCAAGAACACGGUGGAGGACUAUGUGGAUGCAGCAGUCAAGCAGGCCUUGCAGGUCCACCUGAUGGGCAACCCAGGUGACAUAUUGAUCUUCAUGCCAGGCCAGGAGGACAUUGAGGUGACAUGUGAACUGCUGGCAGAGCGUCUUGAUGAGCUUGACGAGGCGCCCCCACUGGCUAUCUUGCCCAUCUACUCCCAGCUGCCCAGUGAUCUCCAGGCCAAGAUCUUUCAGAAGGCCCCAGAUGGGAUCAGGAAAGCUGUGGUGGCCACCAAUAUAGCCGAGACCUCCCUCACAGUGGAUGGUAUACAGUUUGUGGUAGAUGCUGGUUUCUGCAAGCUGAAGGUGUUCAACCCUAAGAUUGGUAUGGAUGCUCUCUCUGUGUUCCCUAUUAGUCAGGCCAAUGCCAACCAGAGGUCAGGGAGAGCAGGAAGAACAGGCCCUGGCCAGUGCUUCAGGCUGUACACAGAGCGCCAAUACAAGGACGAGUUGCUGGUGACUACAGUGCCAGAGAUCCAGAGAACCAACCUGGCCAACGUGGUGCUCCUGCUCAAGUCCCUAGGGGUGCAGAAUCUCCUCCAGUUCCACUUCAUGGAUCCACCUCCACAGGAUAACAUCCUGAACUCCAUGUACCAGCUGUGGGUUCUGGGAGCUCUGGACAACACGGGUUCCCUGACGUCCCUGGGAAGACAAAUGGUGGAGUUCCCUCUGGACCCCGCGCUGUCCAAGAUGUUGAUUGUCUCCUGUGAUAUGGGCUGCAGUGCAGAUAUACUGAUCAUAGUGUCCAUGUUAUCUGUCCCAGCCAUUUUCUUCAGACCAAAAGGAAGAGAAGAAGACUCAGAUUCUGCCAGAGAAAAGUUUCAGGUUCCAGAGAGUGACCAUUUGACCUUUCUUAAUGUCUAUCUACAGUGGAAGAGAAAUAACUAUUCCUCCAGCUGGUGUCAGGAACAUUUUGUCCAUGUCAAGGCAAUGAGGAAGGUCCGUGAGGUGCGUCAACAGCUGAAGGAGAUAAUGGACCAGCAGAAGAUGGACUUCGUGUCCUGUGGCCAGGAGUGGGAUAUCAUCAGGAAGUGUAUCUGUUCAUCCUACUUCCACCAGGCAGCCAGGAUGAAGGGUCUUGGUGAAUAUGUCAACAUGAGGACAGGGAUGCCCUGUCACCUACACCCCACCAGUGCACUGUUUGGCAUGGGUUAUACUCCAGACUACAUAGUCUACCAUGAACUGAUCAUGACAUCCAAGGAAUACAUGCAGUGUGUGACUGCUGUGGAUGGACACUGGCUAGCUGAACUGGGACCAAUGUUUUAUAGUGUCAAAGAAUCAUCGAAGACAAGAAAUGAAAACCGCCAGAAGGAAGCAGCGGACAUGACUGCCAUGGAGGAAGAGAUGAAGAAAGCCGAGGAGCAGAUUAAGUUAAGAAAGGAGGAGCAAGAGAAGGCUUUGGUUGAUACGAGCAAAAGGAACCAAAUUGUCACCCCAGGAAGGAAAGAACCAGGCACUCCAUUUACCCCCAGAAGACCAAGGUCCAAGAUAGGAAUUUGAUGUGGUGGGCCAGCACCUCGGGUUGGAUUUAGAUAUCUUGAAAGUCAUCACCAAAUGAAAUGUUUUUAAAUGGGGGAGGAGGGGAAUGGAACAAUAAAGUCAUUGUCAUGGAAGGAUUUAAUCUGAAGUUUUUUAUCAAAAUGACCAGGAAUUCUCCUCGUGUUGUGUAAAAUUGGCAGUUAGAAUUCUGAGGUGAACCUUGAAAAAAAGCCAUUCUGCGUCCUGUUUGAUACAGAAUCCUAGUUGACGGUUAAAAAAGGAGAAAUGGUGUCAGUCAAGUGAUUUAGAAGCUCUGUGCAGUAAUAAGAACUUGAUUUAAAGCUCAAGGCUACUUGCAACUGUUUGCAGGAAGUGAAUAUCUUUACACUUAAAGUUAAAAACAUUAAGACCAAACACACUGAUUGGAUAUUAUGUAUAUGCACCUGAUUAAUGUAUAUAUGUAUAUAUAAUGAGUUGAGUAUUAUUCUCAAGGGCAUGUGUUUCAUCAUGCACUUUACACUACUGGUACUGUAGAUGCCCCAAAGUUGUGAUAUUGUAGGACUCUUUCUUGCUGUAAAAUGCAGGGAUGAGAUUUUUCUGACUAUCGGCAGAUUUCUGACUUUUUGGGAAACAAAAACUUCAUUGUUGAAGGCAGCCCCCUAGACCUCGAGCCAUAUUUUCUUACUUUUCCACUAAAUGGCAAUCUUAUCACUAAAAAUGUUCAUUACUGAUGUAAAGAAUGGAUGAAAUGCAACUGGGAAGAUAAUGCGUGCAAAUUAAAAUUUUGGUAAUGCUAUUUUAUAUUUGCAUUAAAUAUAAAUGAUGAA